CCAUUUUACUGGUAAGCAGAUGAGAGAUUCGGAGUAGUUGAGUACCAUACUCUCUCCUUAUGUAGCUAAGUUUACUCACACUUCCAGCCUCUACAGUCUACACAACCGUUGAGCAAAUAUCCUUUUCCACUCUUCUUUAGCUCUCCUCUCUCUCUCUCUCUCUUUCUGUUCCCUGUUUCUUUUUCUGCUGAUGGAAGAACUCUACUGUCAUCUCAGUUAACGACCAAGACUUCAUUUUUAUUAACUUUCUGUAUUCGGGUGGCAAGCUAUUCUGGAUCUGUUCUUGACCCUUUUUGUUUAAGCUGAUUUUAGUGGCUAGAAGGUAUAUAUUCGAGUAUCUGUUUUGGGAACUGGAUUAUUCAUAUGUUUUUCACCCUUGACCAGCGAGUCUUGUUACCCCAGUCCCCAAGAGGUGUUUCUGCUGCUAUUUUGCUAAACUCUGGGGUUUUCAAGGCAAUGGGUCGAGGUAGAGGAAAGGGUAAGAAAUUGACUGUACUUGACCCUGAUGAUCCAGGAAGUGAUGAGGAAGAAAAGAUCCCCACACAGAAGAGGAGAGGAAGGCCACAAAAAUCACUCAAAGAUGACAUUGAUGAAGAAGCAGUUGAGAUGAUUGAAGAGGAAGAUUCUGAGAGUGAAAAACUUGGAAUUCAAAACUUGGAGAUAAAAGGUUCUGCAACAGAAAAUGGGAAGAAGAGGAGACGGAAUACUCGGGUGAAAGAGAAGCAUGAUUCAGUAAAAGAGGAAAAUGGUAAUGGAACAAGAUCAAGCACUGAUGAACCUGCUAGGUCCAAUAAUGUUUUCCGUCAUAGGCGGAAAAACAAGCCUUGCCGUGCUGCAGAAGCUGGUGUUAAGUGCAACUGACGUUUUGGUUCUGCCUAUGUGGACUUUGUUCCUGUUACACUGUAAAUCGUGCACCUUAAUUUCUGUCUUUAUGCUCAUUUUGGUACUUGCAUACAUUGGCCUUUUCUUAAUCUUUUUGGGAAGGUCCUGAGCUGGUCAUACCUCUUGUUAUCUUUCAAUACUAGUAAUUUUGUAAUCUUUGACCAUUUCUUCUUGA